CCAAACAGUGUUGGCUUCUUGUAGCACAGUAGGGUCUUCUUAUAGGGAACUUUUUCAACUCCCCAGUCCCCACUAAUCACUAGUCGGUUCAAAAAAUAAAAUAAAGACUGUACUCCAUAGUGCAAUACAACCUCGGAACAGAAAUACCCGCCUUUUCUCCUCUCUUCAUUUAUUUCUUAAAUCAAAAUUCAAAAUUAGGGUUCUCAUUUUUCAAAUAUUCGUCCCCAUUUAGUCACAGAAUCCCUCUCAUUAUUCUUCGAAGUUUUAAGAAAAGAAUGAGUUAUGGAGGAAAACUGUGUAAUGUAUUAGGUGAAUUAGGUUACGAGGGACAUGAUAAAUUAGAUCCAGAUAGUUUUGAAUGGCCAUUUCAAUACGAAGAAGUCCGUCCUCUUCUUGAUUGGAUCUGUUCUAGUCUUCGUCCUACUAAUGUACUUUCUACUUCUGAUCUCUCCAUGUAUGAGCAGUUUCUGCAAGAAGGGAAACUAUUGGAGGGGGAGGACUUGGACUUUGCGUAUGAUAGCAUUUCAGCAUUUUCAAGUAGGAGAGAUAACCAAGAGGCUGUUUUUGGGGCUGAGGAAGGACUGAAAGACAUACGGGAUGCAACUCAAGCAUACAAAUCUGAGGCAUUAGAACUGCAAAAACAACUUAGGCAUCUCCAAUCUCAGUUUGAUUUGCUUGCAGGACAAGCUUCAACUUUGAUUCAAGGUAGGAGGGCUAGAAUGGGAGCAACAUCCGUAGUCAGUGGACAACUUACUGCUAUUGAUGAUAAGCUUUCUGCCAGGAAUUUGGAGAUGAAUGCAGUUCUUGGAAGAAUUGCUUCCACUACACAGGAGUUGGCUCACUAUCAUUCAGGCGAUGAGGACGGAAUUUACUUAGCUUACUCUGACUUCCACUCAUACUUACUGGGAGAUACGGCUUGUACGAAGGAGCUAAACCAGUGGUAUGUGAAACAGUUUGAAAAGGGCCCAUUUCGAUUAGUUGCUGAGGAGGGGAAAGCCAAAUCUUCAUGGGUUACACUUGAGGACAACUCAAAUUGCUUAGUACGAGAUUCUGAGAAAUCCCAUCAUCAACGUGUUGCUGAAUUACAGAGACUACGGUCCAUUUUUGGGACAAGUGAGAGACAGUGGGUAGAAGCGCAAGUUGAAAAUGCUAAGCAGCAAGCAAUUCUAGUAGCACUCAAAUCUCAGGUGGCAUCAGAUGAGGCUCAUAUUCAUCUUGAUCUGCAUUCUCUCCGGAGAAAGCAUUCUGAACUGACAGGGGAGCUCUCGAAUCUGUACCGUAAAGAGGACAAGUUGUUAUCUGAGACUAUUCCAGAUUUGUGUUGGGAGCUUGCUCAACUCCAAGACACAUACAUAUUGCAAGGAGAUUACGAUUUAAAGGUGAUGCGCCAGGAGCAUUAUCUUGGUCAACAAAAAGUGUACAUUAAUCAUCUUCUCAACCAACUUGCUAGACACAAGUUUUUGAAGUUAGCUUGCCAGUUGGAGCAGAAGACUAUGCUUGGGGCAUUUUCACUGCUUAAAGUUAUUGAAUCAGAGCUUCAAGGAUACCAUUCAGCAACUGAUGGACGUGUGGGCCGUUGCCUUUCACUGAUUCAAGCUGCAUCGGAAGUUCAUGAACAAGGAGCAGUCGAUGACCGCGACACGUUUCUGCAUGGUGUUAGAGAUCUUUUAAGCAUUCACUCAAAUGCUCAAGGUAUAUUACCCACAUAUGUCUCUGCACCUGGCAUUGUACAGCAGAUUUCCAUCCUCCGAUCUGAUCUCCUGAGUCUUCAAUCUGACCUUGAAAAUUCCCUUCCAGAGGACAGAAAUAGAUGUAUCAAUGACCUGUGUACUCUUAUCCAAAGUCUUCAGAAAUUGCUAUUUGCGUCUUCCACAACUGCUCAACCAAUACUUACACCUUGGCCAUUGAUGAAAGAGCUUGUGGAGAUGGAAAAGGUGAAUGCUCAGCUCUCAGCUGCAGUUGAAGAAGUGACACGUGAACAUCGUGAGAAGGCUGAGAUUGUGAAGCAUCACCCGCACGAGGUAGGGAGAGAGAGGCAGGUAUUUGUCGACUUCUUCUGCAAUCCAGAUCGCCUGAGGAACCAAGUUAGAGAACUCACAGCUAGAGUGAAAUCUCUCCAAGUCUAAAGCAAAAGACACCACUAUUAGAAAGUCGUAGUUGCAACACGUAUCAGGCUGUGCUUUAUGACUACUGGCCUUGUGUGGUAGGAAAAGUGUGAAGAUGGUGCACUGUACAUGUUGUGAAAGUAACUUUUAGGAGUCCCCAUGGUUUGCUCUUUGCAUCACGUGUUGGUCUAUCACUGAUAAGUGAUAACAAUGUGGUUUCUCUGUUUUGUAUCUCUGAAAGUUCAGACGUCUGUAGUUCCAGUUUAUUUUAUACUGGAAAUAUGGCAAUUAAAAAAGAAAAAGAAAGAGAUCCAGUUAUCAAGUUCGGUGUUUCUCUUUGCUUUGUUUGACCCCCAUGUUUCAUAGCAACAAUGAUUACAGUUUACACAGUCAAGUUUGUAAUUUCUUUACUUGGAUUCGGCCAAGGGUUGUUAUACUUUUACCACCAA